AUGGCUAAUGAUCCGAGUUCAUCUGUGGACCAGGAUCUUCUUUCGCGCCUUAAUGCGCUGAGAAAGUCCACCGUCACCUUCGAUCAAACGAACUACCAGACACCUCUUCCUCGAAGCACUCCUGUAACACUCGAUGCUGCUCCUGCCCGCGCCCAACAUUCUGACCUACUGACAAGAUGGAAAUCCCUGGGCGGCACCCCUCCUACAACAGGAAAGCGAGAACCCGAAGGUUCGUCAAAUGAUGCGGAGCAUGAAAAGACGCUGGACGAGCUGUUGGCAGAUAUACCACCGUCAGAGACCUGGGAACUCGAGAAAAGUGAAGAAGAUCAGGUGGCAGAGCUCCUACAGUCUGCUAGGUCGGCGCUUGCCGCUGCCUCGCAGGGGCAGCAACCAAGCGAGGAAGCGGCUGAAGAACAUGGGGUUGGCCGACCCGCCCCGGCUACACUGCCAGCUAUUGACGUAUCUGUCUUCCAGCCGGAGCCAGAGCUAGAUCUGGUUGGGGGAGCUGACUGGAAGUCGAAAGACACGCUGGACAAGGAGGCCGAUGAACUGCUGGAAAGAGUUUUCGACGAAGUGCAACAUGAGCCCGCUGAAGCUCCAGACGAGGACACAAAUCAGUCAGAGGCUGGGAUUGAGGCGUCUCAGCCGGCUCCUAGCCCGUCGAAGUCUUCCACAGAGCUGUCGCUGUCUAAUUUAGAGCUCCCUGCGACACCAUCUAAGUUGCCGGAGCCUACAGGCCCAAAGGACCAGCCAGACGAAGACGAAGGCUUGGUCUCUCGCUUUGCCGGUCUUUCUCUACCCUCUGUCCCCACAACCAUAAAAGCCACGAAACCAGGAAAGACGAGCUCGAAACCGAGCGUGGGUUAUAGCGAUGAAGAAAUUGACACUUGGUGUAUCAUAUGCAACGACGACGCAACGCUGCGGUGCAUUGGGUGUGAUGGCGAGCUAUACUGUACCAACUGCUGGAUGGAGGGACACAGAGGCGAGGACGCCGGUCUGGAGGAGCGAGGCCACAAAGCGGUGCAGUUUGUCAAGGGGGGUGGGAAGAAGAAAGAACCUAGAAGAAGGGUCAUGAGCGAAGCCUGA